AGAAGCGACCAUGCUGUGGAAACUAGUUGAGAAUGUCAAGUAUGAAGAUAUUUAUGAGGACCGGCAUGACGGUGUCUCGAGCCACAGCUCGCGGCUGUCCCAGCUGGGUUCAGUGUCGCAUGCGGGACCCUACUCCAGCGCGCCGCCGCUGUCACACGCGCCUUCCUCGGACUUCCAGCCGCCGUACUUUCCUCCGCCGUACCAGCCGCUCGCUCACUACCAGAGCCAGGAUCCGUACUCCCACGUCAGCGACCCAUACUCCCUGAACUCCCUGCACCAGAGUCAGCAGGGAGCAUGGGGAGCCCGUCAGCGGCAAGACCCCACGGGGGACCGGAUGGAAAGCUCCGCUCUGCUGGCGCAGCCUCGGGCCUCGCUGCCCCAGCUAUCCGGGUUGGACCCACGGCGGGACUACGGAGGUGUAAGACGGCCUGAUGUGCUUCUUCACUCCGCUCACCCCGGACUGGAGCCUGGUAUGGGAGACGGACUGCUGCACGGGCUGCACGGUAUGGAGGAUAUUCCGACCGCUGAUGACACCAACGGGACGAACAUCCUGGAUCAAUCAGUGAUAAAGAAAGUCCCCAUGCCACCCAAGAACGUGGGCUCCCUGAUGCUCGGUAAGGACGGGUUGAUCGGAGGAGUGACUGUGAACAUAAACGAGGUGUUCUGCUCGGUACCAGGCCGCCUGUCGCUGCUCAGCUCCACUUCAAAGUAUAAAGUGACCGUAGGUGAAGUGCAGAGGAGACUGUCCCCGCCCGAGUGCCUCAACGCCUCCUUGUUGGGGGGGGUGUUGAGAAGAGCAAAGUCUAAAAACGGUGGGAAAUGCCUGAGAGAAAAGCUGGAGAAGAUUGGACUGAAUCUACCUGCUGGGAGACGCAAAGCUGCCAAUGUCACACUACUAACAUCUCUCGUGGAAGGUGAAGCGGUCCACCUGGCUCGGGAUUUCGGUUACAUCUGCGAGACGGAGUUUCCCACCAAAGCCGUGAGCGAGUACCUCAACCGGCAGCACGCGGACCCCAACGAGCUGCACACGCGGAAAAACAUGCUGCUGGCGACAAAACAGCUGUGUAAGGAGUUCACAGACCUGCUGGCCCAGGACAGGACUCCCCUGGGCAACUCAAGGCCCACCCCCAUCCUGGAGCCUGGCAUCCAGAGCUGCCUCUCCCACUUCUCCUUAAUCACGCAUGGUUUUGGUUCGCCCGCCAUCUGCGCUGCACUCACCGCCCUGCAGAACUACCUCACCGAGGCUCUCAAAGGACUCGACAAGAUGUUUCUCAACAACCCUCCCAACAACCGGCACGGGGAUGCUGGCAAGACCGGCGACAAAGAGGAGAAGCAGCGGAAAUGAAGCAGGAGAAGGAGGGGAGUGAUGAUCGAGAGCUGAGAAGGAGGCAGACACACAGACAGAGGCGUUACACCGUUACUUCUAGCUUUACACCCCUGCGACUGACCUGCCACGCACGGGGCUGAGGUGGAGGAGGAAGGGGAAGGCUCGGCAGAGAGAAAAAGGCAGAGGAAGACACCCGUGGGCCAGUGUCAGAGAGCACAGAGGGAUUUUUCAUCUGUGUUACGUUCUUUUCAUUCCCCUGAGGACAUGGUGGUUACUGUGUUACAUUCAUUUCGCUCCCCCUGCCUGCAUCCUGUGAGACUGAGAUGCUGUGAGCAGCCAACAAACAACAUUGUGUCUGUGUGCCUGAGAGAGUGUGUGCGUGUCUGUGUGUGUGUGUGUGUGUGUGUGUGUGUGUGUGUGUGUGUGUGUGUGUGUGUGUGUGUGUGUGUGUGUGUGUGUGUGUGUGUGUGUGUGUUUGUCUUCACACAGAAAAAGCAUUGUGAGAUUGGGUGAUGAGCAAUCUAUAUGUGAAACAGGGUUGUCUGGUUAUUUAACACAAGAGGAGGGAGAGGAGGGGAGGUGUUAAUUUAUGUGUGUAAAUAUUUAUUUAUAUUAAUUUAAAUGGAUGGUUGUGUAAAUAGGUGCGCCAGCUAUUUUGGAGUAGGCCUAUUAAUCUGUGAUUUGACCUUUGUGAGCCGUUUGGGGGACAGGACUCAUCCAGUGUUUUUCUGUUCUUAUA